AUUUGUCACAUUAAUGACGUUUCUUUAACUGCUGGUCGCCAGGGCUCCGAAUUUUUAUUCCUUCCAGCAAGCUACCGAUAAAAUUCAAUACAGAUAGCCAUAGAAAAUGGUCUAUAUAAUCUUAAAUCAGGCAACAAAAUCCUUCCGGAGUGGAGGUAUCCGGGUUAUAGCAAGAGCGUACUCAACAACUCAUGAUGCGGACUUAGUAGUGAUUGGCUCGGGCCCUGGUGGCUAUGUCGCUGCUAUUAAAGCUGCCCAACUGGGUCUUAAGACUGUAUCAGUGGAAAAGGACCCAACCCUUGGUGGAACAUGCUUGAAUGUUGGGUGUAUCCCAUCCAAAGCCUUACUUCAUAAUUCACAUUUGUACCAUAUGGCUAAACAUGACUUCAAAAACCGAGGUAUUGAGGUUGGGGCAGUCAACUUCAACUUUGAGAAAAUGAUGGAAUACAAAAGGAAUGCUGUAAAAGCCCUCACUGGAGGCAUUGGCAUGCUGUUCCAAAAGAACAAGGUAAAACUUGUACGUGGAGUGGGAACUAUUAUAAACCCCAAGAAAGUGGAAGUUGCUGGGGAGAAAGGCAAAGAAGUCAUAAACACCAAGAACAUUUUGAUUGCUACUGGAUCUGAAGUCACACCCUUCCCUGGUGUCACAUUUGACCAGACACAAAUCGUUGACUCUUCAGGAGCACUUUCGCUCCCUAAAGUACCCAAAAAGAUGCUUGUGAUUGGUGCUGGAGUAAUUGGAUUGGAGUUGGGAUCUGUCUACCAGAGGCUGGGCGCUGAAGUGCUUGCUAUUGAAUACAUUGACACUAUUGGAGGUGCCGGAAUCGAUGGAGAAGUGGCGAAAACGCUUCACAAGAUCUUAGCUAAACAGGGCAUGAAGUUCAAACUUAGCACGAAAGUUACAGGAGUCAAGAAAGAGGGCAACAACAUUAAAGUUGAAGUCGAACCGUCCAAAGGCGGCACCAAGGAAACCAUCGAUUGUGAUGUUGUGUUAAUCUCGAUUGGUCGUCGUCCUUAUACUAAGGAUCUUGGUCUAGCCAACGUCGGCAUUGCCCUCGACGACCGCGGCCGUGUUCCCGUUAACAACAAGUUUGCAACUACAGUUCCUGGAAUCUACGCAAUCGGCGAUUGCAUCCACGGACCCAUGUUGGCCCACAAAGCUGAAGAUGAGGGGAUAGUUUGUGUUGAAUGCAUAACGGGCAUGAACUCUCACUUCAACUAUGAUGCUAUACCGUCGGUAAUUUACACUACCCCCGAAGUCGGUUGGGUCGGCAAGUCGGAGGAAGAUCUCAAGAAAGAGGGCAAAGCAUACAAGGUGGGCAAGUUCCCAUUCUUGGCUAACUCCAGGGCGAAGACGAAUGGCGAGCCCGACGGUUUCGUUAAGGUUCUGUCAGACAAAGCUACUGACGUGAUCCUUGGCACUCACAUCAUUGGACCCGGUGGUGGCGAGCUGAUUAAUGAGGCUGUGUUGGCACAAGAAUAUGGCGCUGCAGCUGAAGAUGUUGCGAGAGUGUGCCACGCACAUCCUACUUGCGCCGAGGCUCUGCGUGAAGCGAACAUGGCUGCUUACUGCGGAAAGCCCAUCAACUUCUAAACAAUUACCUAGAUAUAUAGUGACCCCAAUUCUGAUGUCACAAACAUACCAGACUAGACUAAAAGUGUUACUUCUGUCAAAUGAUAUUUUCUAGUUAGAAAACUACUGAGACGACAGAUGUAAUGUAGAAAAUCAUAUACCAAUUGUGAUAUAUGUGACCUGUGGCUAAAUAUUAAUAAUUCCGUUGCUGAUUGAAACUAUGUAUCAUAAAAACUUAAGGGAGAAAUGUAUAUACUCAGUAUUUAUUCAAUCUAGCUCACGAAAGCUCAACCAUCGUAGAAUUUGUGGUUACCACAUUGACUUCUGAAAUGAUAUAAAUGUGUUGACGAAUAUAACAUAUUCGAUUAUUAGAAACUCACUGACUCAACAUUUUAAAGGACUAAGGUUCGAGGGAAAUUACCGCAUGGUGAAUAGGACGUUGAUUGUAUCCUAAGUAGUAAUCAUUGAAACAACUUUCAUAAAGUUGUAACUGUGCGUGAGUCAUGGUGCCAGUUAAAGGAACGUGUUUUGUUACUUUUUAUUGUUAUACUUUGAUGUAUUUAUUUAUUUUGUUUUUAUUUAACGUUUAGACAUGUUAUUGUCAUAAAUAACACCUGGCUUUUUGAGUUAUUUUAUUGUUUGAUAUUUUUAUUUUGUAUAAAUUCAGUUCUGCUGCAAUUUCAGAUAGAUACUUGCUUUGUAAUUUGACCCUGCUUUCAAACGUCAGUUUUUUAGACAACAUGGUAAAUCCUUUCUUACUGAAAGAUUUAUGUCACUUACACAUUCCGUGCAUAGCCCCAUGUACUGUUACUACAACCAAGAUGAACUAUGCCGAACUAGAACCUUUGUAUUAUACUGUUUAUUACAAUUUUGUGUGUAUAACAUGUCCUAAAUAAAAAAAUAUCAAUUUUUUAUUGGUUAUCUAUUGUAGUUUGAAAAGUGUCUUUGCAUGAUAAUUUCACAAAUAUUGACUAAUAUGCGAUAUGCCUAUUAUUUCGGAGCAUUUUAGAUGAACUUGUGAUUAUCAUUGUUCAUAAUUCAACACUAUGUACACGUACAUGUACACGUUCACAAUUAUGAGUCAUACAAAACUUUGGUCCCUUCUGUGUUUGAAUAACAUACCAGGCGUAAUGCUGUCUUUCAGCAACUUAUGUACCCCUUCCAUUCACAAUUUUAGAUUAGUCUGGUCACUGGAGUAGACAAAAUUGGGGUCAGUAUUACAUUUACUUCAGGAAAACCCAAUAAAAAACCAUCAGGGUUUUAUUAAGUUACCUAGUUUAGGUUCGCCCUAAGGAAUCUUGUGUGAAUCUGAUUGAACGGAUUUAGGAUAUUUAUAUUUGUUCCAAGUCAUCAUUUUAAUCUCACAAGCAAUGGUGUAUCAAAUUUAUGAAGAGGUGCGUCUUAUUGUGAACCAUUAUUUAUUGAAAUCAUUCAUACCUGCCCAUAUUAUAUAUGUGUAAUAUUUGUAUGUAUGUAUCAUAAAUGGUUCUGUUUAUUUUAUAUAUAAACUUGUUUAUGCAUUUGAAGUAUAUAAUUAUGUAAAUAUAGCUUGGUUUAAUGAAAUA